GUUUUGGCGGCGAUUCAUUUACUCGAGGAUAGUACCCUUGGGAGAAUCACCGUCCGAGAUGAGCGACUACGAACAUGAACCAUGCUUAUAGUUUCGCGCACCUGGCGAUAAGUUAGAGAACGUCCGGUAUGGUCUAUGAGUCUCGAUGUGCAUCCAGCUGAAUCUGAUUAUCUCCAGCGGGAAGCAUGACACAUCUUGUGCAACGUCUGGCAAUUUAGUGAUGCGAAAUGUGUUAAAUUUCGAUUCAAAUCUGGUCCACGACGGAAGGGCAGUGUUGCACGAAGGAUGGUGUCGAGAUUGCAAAAGGGUUUGUAGUUACAGGAGGGCAAACAAGAAGCAAUCGAACAUACUUUGGCCCAAGUCUCAAGAUCGACGUUGCAUAAUAUCUACCGUCUUCAACUUCCAAUCCAGAGGUUCUAUGAGAAGGGAAAGAGGGAGAGGCUGGGCUACUGCCAUACCCCCCCGGGCCGCGGGACUGAAAUUGGCGUUCACAGAAAGCGACGUGGGAUUACGACGUGCAUAUGGAAGUAGCGCCUCAACCAGGGUCGUGGCGAUCAAUUGGGGGCAAAACCAUGCCUUGGGCUGUAAGCGAGAGUGUCGACUCUUGAAAACGAUUUCUGCAAGUCCCACGUUGAUGCCCGUUUGCUUGAUUUUACCCAGUAGGGGUUCGAUGUCAGCCGUGCGUAUAAUAUUCGUCAGCUCUCGAGUGCGCUGUACGUUUCGGAUUAACAUAAAUAGUUGGCCGUUUCCCCGUCUUUAUCCUUCAGCUCUAGAUCAUGGUUGAAACGGACGUCACACUCUCCAGUGGCUACAAGAUGCCCACUCUUGGGCUUGGUGUCUACCUGAACGAGGAAUGCGCGGACGCUUGUAAAGUUG